UCUGUAUGGCCUUAAUGCCUGUCUUUACUGUCAUUUAGUUCGUCGAUCACUCUCUAUUAAAAAAAAUAGGCGGCCACUUAUAAUGAUUAGUAUCUUCUUAUCAAAGUAAUGCAUGUGUACUUGUAAAAAAAUGAGCUGACAAGCUGACCCAGCAAUACCACAGUUACAGUCGUGAGCUCUGGCAGUGAUAAACAUACGUCAUCCAGUAGCUUCAGUCGCAUGGUCGAGUUCGGUGCCAUCGAACGUGAACCACCGAUGACAAGCUCGAGGAGCUCGCGGUUACUCAGAAUUCAAGACAAAAACCUGGUAUUACCGCCGAUUUAAAAUAAAAAAUUCCAACAAUCUGAGCGAUGUGUCUUGAAAUUUAAAUUAUUGUUUAACAGUGACGAUAAAUACAUACGCUACACAUUCUCCACAAUAUUGCUGAUUUUACAGUCUCGAUACACGGAAAAAUGGCACGCGAAAAAGAGCAAACAUCUGGAAAAAUCGAGCUCAAAAGAGAGCUAGGCCUUUUCAGCGCGGUCAACAUUAUCCUGGCAGUGAUGAUCGGUUCCGGCAUUUUUGUAUCGCCCACCAGCGCACUUGAGCGGUCAGGAUCUGUGGGAUUUUGUCUAAUCGUUUGGAUCAGUUGUGGCGUGUUAUCUUUGCUGGGAGCGUUGGCCUUUGCUGAACUAAGCACUGUGGUACCACGUUCCGGUGCCGAAUAUGCAUACUUCAUUGAGGCUUUUGGACCAUUACAUCCUUACGCCGGUCAAAUACCGGCAUUUACUUGUUCCUGGAUUUAUGUUAUGCUACUGCGACCGGCGGAAGUAGCGGUGAUCAUGUUGACGUUCGCGGAAUACAGCAUACAACCGUUUUCUGGAUAUUUUGACAAUCUAUGCGGCGACUCUAUGGCAACUUUGAAGAAACUCCUGGCAAUCAUGGGACUUGCUGUAAUAACAUAUAUCAAUCUCAUCAGCGUGAAACUUUAUGUAAAAGUACAAAAUGUGUUCACCAUGUGUAAGAUACUUGCCUGUAUCGUGGUAAUCAGUGGUGGAAUAUGGUGGCUUGGUACAGGUCACGUGGAACUUCUCAAAGAUCCCUUUCAUGGUACAACCACAUCAGCCGGGAACAUUGCUCUGGCUUUCUACAGCGGGCUAUGGGCGUACGACGGUUGGACCUCGGCCGCGAUUGUCACCGAGGAAGUUCAGAAACCCGAGAUCAAUAUUCUUAGGAGUACCCUCAUCGCAGUACCUGUUAUCACCGUUCUAUAUGUAUCUAUGAACUUGAUGUACAUGGCAGCGUUGACAUCAUCAGAGAUGGUGAGCGCGCCAGCGGUAGCGGUUCUUUGGGCAGAACGAGUUUUACCGUCUUGGAUGGGUUUCGUGAUACCGCUCGGCGUAGUGUUGUCGACCUUUGGAUGCGCCCUUAGCAUCCAAUUUAGCGUAUCCAGAUUAUGCUUCGUUGCAGGCAGAGAAGGCCACAUACCACGCGUCUUCAGUUAUGUGCAUAUUGAGAAAAUGACACCAGCUCCCGCAGUGAUCUUCCAAGGCAUGCUCUCAUUACUGUGUCUGCUACUGGGUGACAUAAUCGCCUUAAUCGAAUUCGCCAGUUUCCUCAUGUGGGUGUUUUACGGAUUCGCGAUGACAUCGCUUAUAAUUAUGAGACGGACAAAACCAAACGCUUCUAGACCAUACGCUGUGCCUAUCGUGAUACCUUGGCUUGUGUUAGGUAUCUCUAUCUUCCUUGCAGUACUACCAAUAAUUUAUGAACCAUCGACGAAAUAUCUUUUCGCGCUCGCGUUUGUUCUAUGCGGCAUUGUUUUGUAUCAUAUCUAUGUAUACAAGAAGACAAGAAGUAUUUUAUUAGCUAAACUGACAUACUUCAUUCAAUCGCUGUGCCUAGUUGUUGCACCAGAUGAACGGGAAGACUGAUUAAAUCUUAAAUUCAUCAUUGAUGUAUAUAAGUAUAUGAAAUAUUUGCUCACAUGUGCAUUUCGUGAUUUUCAGAAAAAAUAUGCAAUAAGCAUAAAUAAAAUCAAUGUGCCUUACAUUGCAAUACAAUUGCCAUGCAAUUAAAAAAUUUUUAGAUUUUUCUU